AUGUCCGAAUUUUCGAUGUAUCAUGCCCUCGGACAGGGCUCGCCGAAUCCGAACGGUCCUACAAGAAAAGAAGAACCAUUGUAUCGGCCUCAAGUUGCUGCCAGCCCUGCUGGAUAUCAACAGACUGGCAGCCCCGCAUACGGCCACACCCCAAAUCAGUACACGGGGACCCCGAAUCAGAUGCCUACACCAGGUCAGCAGCAAGGAUACUUCCCGCCGCAGGGUCUCCCAUCGAGUCCAGCAGGACAGGCUGUGGAUUCAUUAGCGCAGCAAAUGGGUGGUUUUGGGUUGGGCGGGGAGCAGACAGGCACCGUCAGGCACAAGAAAAAGGACCGUCAUGCAUAUCACAACAUCGAGGGACCUGCAGGCAGUCCUCAGGCAUUCAACGGCAUGCCGCAAAGCCAGAAUGGAACACCUAAUCAAUUCUUGAAUCAAAAUUCUCCUCAGGUGGGUGGACCGCAAUGGGCCCAGCCAGAGAUAACACCUGCCAUGAACCAAUUUCCGGCAGCUGCGCCAACGUUCUCGCCUGCGAGCCCUGCGACGGGCAUGCAACAUGCUGCGCGUCCGGCCGAUCAGUUGACUGGCUCACCAGCUUCUUCACAGCAAGGACGCGUGGAUCCAGAGCAGAUACCGAGCAUUCCACGGUCGCGUGACGCACCCGCAAAGUACUAUCUGGAGCAUGUAUAUCCUACUAUGGAGCAUCAUUUUCCACCACCAGCACUGAUACCCUUCGUGGCAUUCGAUCAGGGCAACUCUUCGCCGAAAUUUGCCAGACUCACAUUGAAUUGUAUACCCAAUAGCGCUGAUGCUUUGGGCUCCACCCAUCUACCACUUGGUCUGGUUCUCCAACCUCUGGCCAAGCUACAGGAAGGCGAACAAGCAAUACCAGUCUUGGACUUCGGUGAUACCGGCCCACCUAGAUGUAGGCGAUGUCGAGCAUACAUCAACCCUUUUAUGCAAUUCAAGUCUGGCGGCAACAAAUUCGUAUGCAAUAUGUGCACAUACCCAAACGAUGUACCUCCCGAAUAUUUCGCGCCUACAGACCCGUCCGGCGUACGAGUAGAUCGAAUGCAGCGCCCUGAAUUGACUCUGGGAACGGUUGACUUUAUGGUUCCGAAGGAGUACUGGUCGAAGGAGCCGGUAGGGUUGAGAUGGCUGUUCUUGAUUGAUGUUAGUGCUGAAGCUGUUAAUCGCGGCUUUCUGGACGGCUUCUGCGAAGGCAUCAUUAGCGCCCUCUACGGUCGUGAGAACGAGCAGGUCGGAGAUGAAGGCCAAGCUCAACGACGGCUUCCAGAAGGUGCCAAGGUUGGUAUUGUCACUUUCGACAAGGAGUUGCACUUCUACAACCUGAGCCACAAUCUGGAAGCAGCUCAAAUGUUGGUGAUGCCCGAUCUUGAGGAACCAUUUGUACCGUUAAGUGAAGGUCUUUUUGUCGACCCUGAAGAGUCCAAGGCAGUCAUCAAAUCCCUGCUCACACAGUUACCGAACAUGUUUUCUGAAUUCAAAAACCCCGAACCGGCUCUCCUUCCGACUUUGAAUUCGGCAGUGGAAGCGCUCGCAGCCACUGGAGGAAAGAUCAUUUGCUCCUUAGCAGCUCUACCAACAUGGGGACCAGGACGAUUGUUCCUCCGCGAUGAUGGUAGCAUACAUAACAACGAUGCUGAAAAGAAGCUUUUGACGACAGAGCAUCCUGGGUUCAAGAAGGUUGCUCAGAAGAUGGUAGAGAGCGGUGUCGGUGUUGACUUCUUCAUGGCUGCACCUAGUGGCGGCUACUUGGAUAUCGCCACUAUCGGUCACGUUUCAGCUACUACCGGUGGUGAAAUAUUUUACUACCCUAACUUCCAUUCCCCACGGGAUACACUCAAAUUGUCGAAAGAGAUCAAGCACACCGUCACGAGAGAGACCGGAUACCAAGCUCUCAUGAAAGUUCGCUGCUCGAAUGGCUUACAAGUUUCAGCUUAUCACGGAAACUUCUACCACCAUACAUUCGGAGCAGAUUUGGAAUUUGGUAUCAUCGAUGCAGACAAGUCUAUCGGCGUCAUGUUCUCAUACGACGGCAAACUCGAUCCCAAAUUAGACGCCCAUUUCCAGGCAGCACUUCUUUACACGACGGCCAACGGACAACGCCGAGUGAGAUGUAUCAAUAACGUUGCUAGCGUCAGUGAACGACCUGCAGAGUCGUUGAAAUUUGUUGACCAGGAUGCUGUUGUGACUAUCAUCGCCAAAGAGGCCGCCGCUCGCAUGGCUGAGAAGAACCUCAAAGAUCUCCGUGCCGCGUUAACAGAGAAGACUGUGGAUAUCCUCGCUGGAUACCGGAAGAACUUCACAGGGCACAACAACCCACCAGGCCAGCUUGUUCUACCAGAGAACUUGAAAGAGUUCAGUAUGUACAUUCUAGGCUUGAUCAAGUCAAGAGCGUUCAAAGGUGGAAAGGAGCCCACCGAUAGGAGAGUGCAUGACAUGAGGUUGCUGAAGUCUAUGAGCCCACUGGAGCUCUCACUCUAUCUCUAUCCGCGAAUUAUCUCGAUCCACAACUUGGACGAGAGAGACGGCUUCGCCAACGAGAACGGCCAUCUAAGGAUGCCUGACGCAAUUCGCGCAUCAUUCUCGAAGGUAGAAGAAGGUGGUGUCUACAUCGUGGACAACGGUCAGAUAUGCCUGCUCUGGAUACACGCUCAAGUGUCGCCAAACCUGUUAGAAGAUCUGUUUGGAGAAGGGCACAAUAGCCUAAAGAGCUUAGAUCCGUUUGCGUCAAGCCUUCCUGUCCUCGAGACACAUCUCAAUGCUCAAGUGCGCAACAUCCUGCAGUACUUGGAGGACACACGCGGCUCCAAGGCGAUGACUCUGCAACUGGCACGACAGGGUCUUGAUGGUGCGGAGUACGAGUUUGCAAGGCUGUUAUACGAGGAUCGCAACAAUGAGGCGCAAAGCUACGUGGACUGGCUCGUUCAUGUGCAUAGGCAUAUACAACUCGAGCUUGCGGGACAGCGAAAGAAAGAGGAUUCUGACGGCGGCUUAAGCUCGACGUUUGUAGGAUUACGCACACCGUACUGGGGUUAA